UGUGUGGGAAACUGAAGCUGCAUCGAAUAUGAAAACCUGUAAAUCUAGUCAUUUGGAUUCAGGCGUAGAAUCAGACAUCCAGUGCAGAAGUGGACCGGGCUGUGUUGUGAAGUGCAGUUCGGAAAGGAUGGAAAAUGCUGCAAAGAGAAGACUGGCUGCCAAUGCCAGGGAGAGAAGACGGAUGCAAGGACUGAACACAGCCUUUGAUCGUUUGAGAAAGGUGGUUCCACAGUGGGGUCAAGAUAAGAAGCUAUCCAAGUAUGAGACCCUUCAGAUGGCUUUGAGUUAUAUCAUGGCUCUCACUAGAAUACUUGCCGAAGCAGAAAGAUACAGUACUGGAAGAGAAUGGAUUAGCCUUCACUGUGAACACUUUCAUCCGGAGAGCUACCACCAUUACAUGGGAGAAAAAAUGGCAACGGACAGUGAUCCUUAUGCACAGCGAAUAUUCAGCUAUCACCCUGAACACUUUCAAAUAGCUAACUAGAACUUUUUAUG